AAAAAAUCUUAAACCCUCCCCUUCAAUGCUCUGUCCCUGGCUAUUGGCUAAGCUUCCCGAAGCUUCAUAAACCUUUAGAUUCAAUCAUACGAUUUGUGAAGUGAUUUACAGAGAGAAAGUCGAGAAGUUGAUCUACAGAGAGGGAUAAUAGCAGUGGUUGCUUGUGAGUGAGAGAAUUCAGAGAUAGAUUCUAGAGAGAAAAAGAGAUUGGGAAGAAGAUGAAGAUACAGUGCAAUGUGUGCGAAGCUACGGAGGCGAACGUUCUGUGUUGUGCGGACGAUGCUGCACUGUGUUGGGCGUGCGACGAGAUGGUUCAUGCGGCUAAUAAGCUUGCCAGUAAACAUCAGAGAGUUCCCUUAUCUAAUUCUUCAUCUCAGAUGCCCAAAUGCGAUAUCUGCCAGGAGGCAUCUGGAUUUUUCUUCUGUCUUGAAGAUCGAGCUUUACUCUGCAGGAAAUGUGAUAUCUCCAUACACACAGCAAAUUCUUUCGUGUCUGCUCAUCAGAGGUUUUUGCUCACUGGAGUAAAAGUAGGCCUGGAAACUACUGAUCCUGGGGCAUCCUCGUCUGUGGGAAAGUCUCCUUCUGAGGAGAAAACCUCAGAAACAAAAGCUCGUCAAGCAUCUAGAAAGAGUACCCCAAUGCAGUUAGCUAGUGAUUACAGGGAGGUUUUACCUGCAGAGGUUAGUGGAAUGGGGCAAGUGGUGUCGACAAAAGUCCCGUUUGUUGGUGGUUCUGUGGCUAGAAGCAUUCCACAAUGGCACGUUGAUGAAUUUCUUGGACUACCAGAGUUUCAUGAGAAUUUUGGCUAUAUGGAUAAUGGAUCGUCAAAGGCUGAUAGUGGCAAGCGUGGAGACUCUGAUAGCUCCUCGUUCUUAAGAGCUGCCGAGGAAGAAAUAGGUGAUGAUGAUUGCUUGGGUCAGGUGCCUGAAACCUCCUGGGCCAUGCCACAGAUUCCUUCCCCACCUACAGCCUCUGGGCUCUACUGGCCAAGAGGCCCCCAAAAUCAAUCAGAUAAUGCAGCUUUUGUGCCCGAUAUAUCCAGCUUUACUACGCAAAAGAGUCACUAUUUCCAGCGUCAUGGCAUUGUCUCAAAACGGCGACGACAAGCGUAGGCAUUGAAAUUGCUUCAAGAUCCUUUUUAGGGUAGUGGCAUUUUUCUCUGAAGUACUGGAAGACAUGGUUGUUAGUCAGGUAUGAGCGAAGAAGCAAAUUUUAGUGAGACUAAGAAGCUUUGCUGCUCAAGGUUAACAGUAUUUAGUAGUUUGAUCAAUAACCUACCGAAGACCAUGGUUGCUAAAGUGUUUUUAUUUUUUUUGGUUUCUGAAUUUGAGAAGGUGGAAGGUACCCAGCUGUUUAUAAAGUCCCUAUUAUUAGAGAACCUGUGGGGGAUGUGUUUCGAAUUUCUCUAUGUCGAGAAUGAAAAAUUCAUGGUGCUUAAUUUGCUGAGGUGCCCGUAGGGCAUUAUAAAUUAAGAUGCUUGCUUGCCCAAGUUUUUGGUUUCUC